UUCGCGAUUUAACAUAAUGUAGGAAAUAGGAUCUAUCCACGUGUGUUUCAUCGUACCAAUAGUAAUUAAUUUUGCAUAUUUAACCAAAGAUCUCGACAAGGUUUAUCGCUUUCGUCUCGGGUUAAUGUAACAUUAUCUACUGCGAAUCCCGCUCAUACUCGUUGAACUAGUUCUUGGCCUAAAUAAGGGAUUCCAGAUAAUAGGUUUGUAAUUACUGCAGCUCUUUAAAAGCAUAUUUGCUCUCCAGGAAGAACAUCUCCGAUAAGACUAAAGAUAACAUAAUUACUCCUACUAAUCAUGUAGGAAUUAAAUAAGAAAGAUCCAUAAUAAAUUUUCCGUCCGAUAUGAAGAUAAAUGCAAAUAAGGAAAAUUAUAUAUCUGUUCGCAUUCUAUUAUUAUUAUUAUCUUUUUUACUUUUACUUUUGGAACGGUCGAAAAAUCAAUUUUUCAUGCUUAUUAGCAAUUUGCUCUUGAAAAUUUCGCAGACGUCAAAUAUAAAACUUUGCGUCAUUUUCCCUUCAAAAAAAAAAAAUAGUUAAAAGGCAACUAGAUCGAAAGGAACUUUUCAAAUUGUUGACAUAAGUUAAGGCCAAUUCCAGAUAACUUACCAUUAUGAGUUCGGGUUUCAUUACGGAGGCAGAAAUAGCUGAAGCACGUAAACGCCGCCAAGAAGAGUGGGAAAAAGUGCGCACUCCAGAACAGCCUCUUGAACGUCCUGAAGAGCCGUACGACGGUCGUUCACUCUUCGAUCGUCUCAAGGAACAAAAAAUUAAAAAAGACUUGGACUAUGAGGAAACACACAAAUUAAAAAAUUUAAUACGCGGGUUAGAUGACGAUGAAAUUCAGUUUCUGGAAUUAGCGGACAAAAACAAAAUAAAUAUGGAAAAGAAACAAAUGCAGGAAGAAGAAGAAGAGUUAAAAGAAUUCCGAAGUCGCGUGACAACACUUCAAGAAGAAUUUAUGGAUAAAAAAUUGCAAGGUGAAUUAAAGUCAAAACAAAAACCUCAGACAUCGACAGCAAGGCCUUCUCAGAAGGCCUUAUUGAGUGUAGGUAUCAAACGCAAGAACGGUGAAACCGAACCUACAACCACUAAAAAUAAAGAAACGGAAUUAGAAAAUUUAGAUCCGCCGGAAAAAUUUGAGCAGAGUCAAAAAAGCAUCGAGGAUGCAAAACGAAAAUAUCUCGAAAACAUUAUGGUUGACGGUCUUGACAAAGGCCACUUCAAGUGCGUUGCCAUAUUGCCCGGUCUAGGGCCUUAUACAGAGUCUAGCGAUUCGGAGAUAAGUAGCGACAGUGGCGACGAACCAUACAACUGCAAGGACUAUGGAACAUGUGACCUGGUCGGUCGAAAGAAUCCCAAAAAGAAACCACGUGUGGAUGAGCGGUAAAAAGCUUAUAAUAAAAUAUAUUAUCUUUAUUCAU